AUGGUGGCCGCUGAAACAGAAGGCAAAGCGCGAUCAGUUUCCCCAAAACAGCUGGAGCCUGGGCAGAGUCAUCACCAUCACCAUCAUCACCACCACAAGCGCACUUGGUACAAUGAUUUCUUAUUCCUCGGCGCGAUUCUUUCCGGUAUAUACGUCUUCUUCUUAAUGUUCGGAUACUACCAGGAGAAGAUAUACAGCACCAAGCAUCCAGAGACUGGAGAAAAAUUCUCAUUUUCCUGCUUUUUGGUUCUCGUUGCGUGCAUGAGCAACGCCAUCUUCUCCUUCAUGCUGAUACUGCUGCAGCAUCGCCGCCGUGCUUUGGAACUACUUUUACAACUGAGCGGCCACAGCGUCAAAGAGACGGCGCUAAUAUCUCUGUCAUAUUCUGGCUCUAUGCUCUUUACUAACUACGCUUUGACACACGUCAACUACCCUACGCAGAUUCUUGUCAAAAGUGCAAAGAUGGUGCCCGUCGUUGUUGGGGGAUUCGUUUUCUUCGGAAGAACUUAUCCCUGGCAAGAUUAUUUGUCCGUGUUUGUUGUAACAUGCUCUCUGACGGUGUUCCAGCUGUGCAAGCACGAGGCAAAGGCGGUGGAAGGUUCUCUGCAUCAAAACUCAGUGUUGGGGCUGUCAUUUUUGUGCGGUUCGCUUCUGUGUGAUGGCCUCACGGGGCCCCGUCAAGACCGGCUGAUGGCGAGGGAAAAACAUUUGAGCUCGUUGUUAAUGAUGUUCCUGACCAAUGCAUGUGCGAUUGUUUGGGUGGGCACUGCUGCCGCUGUCACCGAAGGCCUCAGGCCUCUAUAUUUCCUCGCGGCGCAGCCGGAUGCUGCUGGUCACCUCUUUGCCUUUGCAGUGUGCGGGUCGCUGGGGCAGUUGUUUAUAUAUCAGAGCCUGAAGCAUUUUGGCAGCCUGUACACCUCGCUAUUCACGACCAUUAGGAAGGCCGCCUCCACCGUCUUCUCAGUGUACGUGUUCGGCCACAAGUUGAAUGGAAUGCAGUGGGGCGCUUUUGCUGCAAUGUUCUCCGUAAUCAUGUUGCAGUCCUAUGUUACGAACAAGAACAAGAGGCACCACCAUCACCACGAAGCCAAGAAGGAAAUCUAG